AUGCGAUCUCUUCUCACCUCCUCCCAUUCUUCUCGUUCCUCCCCUCCUCCUGAUUCUUCUUCUUUUUCUUCAACUGUUCAACGUCAAAGACGAACAUCAGCGGCGGAAUCGCCUUCGGUUACUCCCACGAUGGAAAAAACUAAACAUGGUCCGCUUCUGCAAGAUGAUACGGAUUGCAGUUCCCUUUUAAAUGAGUUACAGACUAUAUGGAAUGAUAUUGGCGAAUCAGAUGUUGAAAAGGAUGAGUGUCUAGAGAUAUACAGAAGAAAGGUUGAUCAGGCAAACAGGCACAGAGCUCAGCUACGGCAAGCUAUUGCUGAUUCUGAAGCAGAGAUUGCAACCAUAUGUUCUGCAAUGGGUGAGAGACCAGUACAUUUCAGACAGUGCCGCCAGAAUGGCAGAAGCAUGAAAGAAGAGCUUAAGGUCAUCACUCAGCAAUUAGAAGAUUUGCGAGAAAGAAGGGAUGAAAGAUUGAGUCAGUUUCUUGAACUAAGGGAGCAAAUACUGCGCGUUUCAACUAAAAUUAGUCCUCAACAUGGCCUUGAGAUAGUUGUGGAUGAAUCUGAUCUCUCCAUGAGAGAGCUAGAAGGUCUUCAUAGACGGUUAGAAAUGCUCCGUAAAGAAAAGAAUGAUCGCUUAAGGAAGGUGCUCGACCACUUGAACAAUCUGAAAUCCUUAUGUUCAGUGCUGGAUAUAGAUUUCGAGCAGACAACUAGUGCAGUCCAUCCUAGUUUAGAUGGACCUGAUGAAUCAAAAAAUGUCAGCAGCGAUACAAUUGAGAGGCUCACACAAACUAUUCAGAGACUGCGGGAGGUGAAAUUACAGAGAAUGCGCAAGCUUCAAGAUCUUGCAACUGCAAUGGUGGAGAUGUGGUAUUUGAUGGACACUCCAAUUGAAGAGCAGCAGCAGUUCCAGGAGCUUACAUGUAAUAUAGCUGCUUCAGAGCAUGAAAUAACAGAACCCAACUCCCUUUCAUUGAAAUUCAUCAAUCAUGUGGAAGCCGAAGUAGCAAGGCUUGAAAAGCUCAAAGCGAGUAAGAUGAAGCACUUGGUUUUGAAAAAGAAGAUUGAGUUGGAUGAGCUAUGCCGACGCACCCAUCUUGUCGCAGAAACUGAUAGUUUUGCAGAAGCUGGAAUCAAGGCUAUUGAGAAUGAAUCUCUUGAUCCCUCUCUAGUUCUGGAACAGAUCGAGGCUCAAAUUUCAAUUGUGAAAGAGGAAGCCUUCAGCAGGAAAGAGAUUCUUGAGAGAGUCGUUGCUGCGUGUGAGGAAGAGUCCUGGCUGGAAGAGUAUAACAGGGAUGAAAAUCGUUAUAACGCUGGAAGAGGAACUCACCUUAUGCUCAAGCGCGCCGAGAAAGCCCGUGUUGCUGUCAGCAAAAUUCCAGGGAUUGUGGAGGCCUUGACAAACAAAAUCAUGUCAUGGGAGAACGAGAGAGGGACUGAAUUCAUCUAUGAUGGCUCCAGCCUUCUGUCCAUGCUGGAAGAAUACAACAUCCUGAGGCAAGAGAAAGAGCAUGAAAGAAAGAGACUGAGGGAUCAGAGAAGGCUUCAAGGUCAGCUUUUGGCCGAGCAAGAAGUCAUGUUUGGAUCAAAACCAAAUCUCUCUAAGUCUCAUUCUGCAAAGAAGUUGACUGGAGCUGGAACUGGAACUGGAACUGGAACUGGAGGACCUACUAAAAGGCUAUCGAUCGGUGGGGCCACAUUGCAGUCUCCAAGAUUGGAUUCGCAUCCUUCAUUCAAGUCCCCUUCCUCGGCAAAGAAGCAGAAUUCUAUUUUUGGAGGCAUGGGAGACCCAGAAUUUCAAUCUUCUGUACCUGAUGCGCCUGAGACCCCGCGGAAGCCCUUUACGCCCAUAAGUCUGGGACACACCAUUCCGUCAACAACCCCACGUAUAAAGACAAUGAAAGCCGAAGAGGAAAACAAGAUUUCUAUGGUUUGUUCGCCAGUCUCUGCUCUCAAAUCUCCCAGUGCGGCGUCUACACCUAAACAGAAGACCACGAAGCUUAACCCACCUGAGUUUCCCCAAGAGGCUGCAGCAGCAGCUAAAAUAGAGCUACAGGACACCGAGAUAUCUUUUGAAGAACGCAGGCUGGCAUUGCUUCUGAAAGGCAACGAAAAUGAUGAUUACAUUUCAUGUUGUUAGAGAAUUUAUGGAGAAUAGAGAAGAAAUGUGCAGAGAUCUGGUAUACGCAGAGUUAAAGGUACAACGAAAUCCUGUUUAUGCUGUGCGCGCAUGGCAAGGUUUGAUGCG